AUAGAUCGCAUCAAUCGCGCGCGAGCUGUCACCUGUCAUCAGCUGACGCGGAGAACCGGUCGUGUCGCGUUGUUUACUUUCGUUUCAUUUUCGUACGGCCUGGGAUAAAACGCACCCUGACAGAUAUUCUUCCGGUGCACGAUUCAAAUAUCGUUACACGAUCGCGUAAUUCGCGAACGGAUUCGUGAGAAACGACUCUAGGAUGGAUAGGAGAUCCUGUCGGUGAUUUAUUUCCACGGCGAGGUCAGGUUAUGUCCGUCGUCGUCGUCGGCUCACCGCGGACACUCGGGUACACGCGUUUCACACCGGCUCGUGAGAAUUCUCAGGAUGAGAACCGGCGGCAUGCUGGACGGCCGCGAGUUCGGCAAACGCGUACGUCGUCUCCUGGACGGCAAUUACUCCUAUCGUAAGAUCCUCCUCAUCGUUCUGGUGUGCGGCGGCUUGCUGCUGUACUUCGGCCCGUCUUUCGCGCAGUGGCUCUUCUCCACAGCUAGGGAACCCAUAGAAGCGUUUGAGGCUCACUGCAUAAAUGAGAGGCUGGCCAGUUUUUACUUUGAUGCCGUAGAAUAUAACGCAAAUAUUCUGCACAAUCCACCCAAAGAGAAUGAAUAUUCUUACCUGCCAUAUAUUGGCAAUGGUGUCUUUGGAGUUCCUGUUUCUCCAGAAGGUUGGCUGUAUAUUAAACACGGAAGAGGACUUUUGCUUCCAGUUCAGUGGCAACCAUUGAUCUCGUACUCUAUACCCAAGGAUAGCUUUUAUCAAGAAGCUACUGUUGUUCAUUUUACAAACGGAAUUGUUUACAAGUAUCAGUGCCUUAGAGAGGGAUAUCACAUAGAUUUUCAAUAUUAUGCUCACAGAGGUCUUGAAGGAAUUUUGGUACAGACUAUAAAAGUCUCUAAUCCAUUUUCGCUCUCUCAAGAGGUGCCAUUGAAGCCACAGGAAUCUAUUCAUUGGAGUAACUCUCACAUAGAGCCCAUCAAGAUUCAGGUAGAUGGGUUUAAUCACGAAUACACUCUGGUGUCCGGAUUUGUGUCAGUGCCCAAUUCCAACAAGAUAAUAGUCAUAUCGAUAAUUUACAAGGUUCCACCUAAAACGGUGCAAGUAAAAGCGCGCAGUUCUAUCAAAUUGGAAUUCUUAUCGAGCAUUCAGUACAGUGAACCAAUUUCGUCCGAACAGUAUCAUAUAGAACGCGAUGCCACCAAGAAGAAGGCGAUUGAUUUAAUGAAAAAAGCGAUUGGACGUCAGCAACGAAGCCUGAGAGAGGAGCAUGUGAAUCUCUGGCAAAGUUAUUGGUAUGCAGGCUUAAGAAUAAGCGACUCCAAGGCCGAUGGCGCCAUUAACGGCCACAAGAUUAAUUCUACCAUGUAUUAUGUACUAUCUCAAGUAUCGCGAAGUACUCAAGAUGUGGAGAAAAAUGUUGCCAUGAACGAAGGCUGCUAUCGAGGUCAUCAUACCUUAGAUGCUACUCGUUUGUGGAAAGACACAUCUUCCAUUGAAGCUGUAAAUGAAAUAGUCGAGGCAUGGUUGAUAACGUUAGAGAAACAAGGCUGCCAUCAUUUAGUGACCGGUGGUCCUGCGGCUGUACAACAAGCAAUUGUGUUGAGUCUUGGUAGUCUGAGAUUCAGUAAUCAACAUCUUGAAUUCAAUAUCGAUCCUCAGUAUCUUCAUCGCGACUACUUGUUCAAGCGUAUAAGUUACGGAAAUUUAACGCAUGUGAAUAUAUCCGUGACAGUCGGUGAGGAUAAUCGUGCAAUAUUAGGUGUAGCUUUGGACAAGAGUGAUAGCGUUUAUUUCGGAUGUGAUGCUGGCUGUUUGGAUGCGCCGGUGCCUCUCAGUCAAGCUUAUACGAACUUUCCCGUCAAGUUAACGAAACCGCUAACCGCAAUACUUUAUAUAACAUCUGAUCAUCAGCAUAUGCAAGAUCUUCGCAAUGCUUUACACGUGCACGAAGUGGACGACGCACCGGCGCACGAUCAUCAAGUUAUGGCCUUGCACAAACAUGGACAUCAACUUGGAGGCUUGCCUACUUUAUUCUGGGUAAGCAUAUGUUUUCUGAUAAUUGUGUUCCAUCUAUUUCUAUGUAAGUUAAUUUGUAACGAGUAUUACAGCCAUCAGGAUCGGCAGCGAGUCCGAUAUAAUAAACCAUGAUAUGAUUGUAUAUAAUUUUCUUAAUUAAUGCGAUGUGUACAUAUGUAUAUUGUUGUAAUAUGUACAUAAAUAUACAUAUAUAUUUUUUUAAGUGAUGUAUCUAGCAAGCUGAUCAUUUUUCAAGUAUAUGAAUGCAUACAUAUAAUAUAUAAAUUGUAUUUUUUUUAAAGCGUA